AUGGAGGCCCCAGCCGCUUUGCUGGCUGCCGCGCGCCAUGCUGUUUUGGAAGCCUACAUCCGGAAGGAGCGCGACCGUGUGGAGGACGCUUUCGUGUUCGCCCUGGAGGCCCUUCACGAGCCGAGUGGGUGGGAGCAGCUGCUUCCAAGCUCCCUGGAGGCAGUCCUCCGCUGCUUGCUGCAGUCGCAGCUCCACGGUUCAGCAGUCAAGCUGCUUGAAGGCAUGUGUCAACCAGGAGCGCCCGCGCCUACCGACCAGAUUUUCAACAUGAUGCUGGAUGGCACCGUGCGGACGCGCUCCUGGACGGAUGCCUGGGACGUUCUGGAACUACUCCUGAGAUGUGGCCGCAAGGCGGACAAGUACUUUGUCUCCAUCCUGACGAAGAGCCUCGAGGCCUCUACGGACAAGCGCUCCGUCCGCCGAGGGAUCAGCCUAGUGGAGGCUUUCAUCGACCAGCAGAAGGAGGAUGUUGAUGAGAUCGUCUUCAACUCCCUACUGAACGUCCUUGGCCAGAUUGGUGACAUGAUGAAGCUGCAGCAGACGCUGAACAAGAUGAGCGACUAUGGGGUUGCACCCUCUGCCGUCACCUUUGGCACGGUCGUGAAGGCGUACGGGCGAGCCAGGGACACCGACUCGGUCAUCAAGGUUUGGCAGCAGAUGCGCAGCCGAUGCCUGGGCAUCAAUCCGGUUACAUGCGGCUGCGUCUUGGAUGCCUGCGUGAAGUGCAACAGCAUGGACAAGGCCAUGGCCAUCUUUCAGGAGAUGCGCAUGCAGGGAAUGCACAAGAACACGGUUCUCUACGCGACGCUGAUCAAAGGCCUCGCGAAGAUGCGCGACUUGCAAGGUGCCAUGAACCUGUACCACGAGAUGCGGGUGGAGCAGGUGCCCUGCAACCUCGUCACUUUCAACUCCCUCAUGGAUGUGUGCGUGCGUUGCAGCGACCUGCAGACGGCGGCGUACUUCCUGCAGGACAUGAUGCAGAUGGGCAUCGAGCCCGAUCUCAUCACCUUCAGCACCCUCAUCAAGGGCUACAGCCAGAUCGGUCAGGUGCACAAGGCGCUGGCCCUGUGGAAGGAGCUGAAGGCUCGGAACCUGAAGUGCGACGAGAUCAUGUACAACAGCCUUAUCGACGGCUGCGCGAAGUCCCAGAAGUUUCUUGGCUUCCCCUUCCUCAAGGGUUAG